AUGAUGUACUGUUACCACUGCACUUCGCCCUAUUCUGGACAUCCCCAUGUUGACAUGGAAACCAUUCUAUCUGGAUGUCCACCGCUAUCUUAUGGAACGUUACAUUAUCCUCCUGACUUUGAUGACAGUUUUGCUCGUCGUAAACAGAGACGAAACAGGACUACUUUUACUUUACAACAGCUGGAAGAACUUGAAAACGCUUUUGCAAAGACUCACUAUCCCGAUGUGUUUACUCGAGAAGACUUAGCGAUGAAGAUCAACCUCACUGAGGCGAGAGUCCAGGUGUGGUUUCAAAACCGCCGGGCAAAGUGGCGGAAAAUGGAGAGAAUGAAGCACGACCACACUAAAGGUACAAAACAGCAAACUAACCAGGAUAAGAUAGAUACUCAAGAAGAGUCAACUGAAAAUAUUAAUGGUAUUGAUAACCCAAGUGAGCCUGUUAGCCCCGAGUCGCCUUCUACUAGCUGUAUAUCUGUCUGUAGUCCAACACCUCCCCCAGUUUCGCCACAACCACCUGUGAGCUCGCCUGUAGUACUGACUAGUCCUCCGAGAUCACCAUUGCCUACCACUGAACAUGUGUCUGAAGUAAGUUCAAGUUUUCGACCGGCACAACCUCUUUUUACCAGCCCUCCGCCUCCAUUGCACACUAUUUCUGUGCCUUCAUUGCUCUCACAGACGCCGUCCUCAUUCACAGGCGCCCGUGUAAAGCAGUGUUUUAUUCAGGACUGUACGUGUUCAUCGGUGACCACAUCGUCACCAUCAGCUGCUCCGCCGGUAACAUUUCUAGACAACGAGCAGCGGAAUUCUAGCGUCGCUAAACUACGAAUGAAGGCCAAACAGCACACGGAGAAAAUUCUACAAAGCGCUAAAUUUUACCAAACAUCACUCUCAACCGUGACGUCACAUCCGUCCGGCGUUGUCGGCUCACUAUGA